GUACCUUACCUUAGUUAUCAGAACAUAAACCCUAGGCAGUACAGUCAGUAACCAAUCCUUGAGGCUUGAGUUGCGUUACUCACCCCGUGAUCCACUCACUUAGGAGCCUCUACCACAGCUACUCGGCCUGAGUCGCCAAGAACGCCCAGCCUCUUCAUCUUGCCCAAUCUUCUACAUAAACUCGCAACUUCCUUCAUCUUUCUUCCUUUGUCCUACUCUUCUCAUUAAUCUGGGAACUUCACAAGAAUACCUCAACCAAACCAUUCAAGAUGGCUUACAAAAUUGCCAGCGCGGACGAGUACCUCGCCAUCACUGGCGCUGGUAUCGACACAGUCAAGAUCACCAAAAAAGCUAUGAUCUGGCCUUUGCAAAGAUGCCAUAAAUUCAGCAUCCAGCCACAGGAUUACUCGAUCAAUUUACAGACGAUGACUCGCGAGAAACUCCAAUUCCUUCUCCCGGUAGUUUUCACCAUCGGCCCUGAUGUUAAUCGGCGUGGUGCACGUGGCAGACGGGAGGAUCUCGGCGAUGCUCCUGAGGAUCUCGGUGAUGCCCUCAUGAAGUUUGCUAUGCUUCUUGCCGAAGGAGAGUCCAAAGGAGGCAUCACUGGGAAGCAGCAUAUCGAGAACAUCGUAAAAGGUAUCAUCGAGGGUGAGACUCGAGUCCUUGUCAGUUCCCUCACAAUGGAGGAGAUAUUUUCGGCGCGAGAGGAGUUCAAGAGGCGGAUCUUCCGCAAUAUCCAAAGCGAACUGGACCAGUUCGGUCUGAAGAUCUAUAACGCAAACGUCAAAGAGCUUCGUGAUGCCCCAGAGUCGAAUUAUUUCAAUUCGCUCUCCAAAAAAGCCCACGAAGGGGCUAUCAACCAAGCUCGUAUUGAUGUGGCUGAAGCACAACGCAGAGGUAAUGUCGGGGAAGCUCAACGGGUAGGAGAGCAAAACCGUGAAAUUGCCAAGAUCAACGCGGAGACGGCGGUUCAAAAGACUGAGCGAGAUAGCGAGAAAGCCAAGGCAGAGGCCACACUCGCGACACGUAAGGCCGAAUACAAGAGAGACGUCGACAUUGCGCAGAUCGAGGCUACUCGAGCCACCGAAGCUCGUGACGAGGAGCUCCGGAAGGCAGUAGAGGUCAAGCGUGCUCAAACCGAGUUGGAAAGACUGAGAGCAAGCGAUGUCGUGAAGGCUACCAUUCUCAGGGAAUCAAAGCAACAAGCAGCUGACGCAAAGAACUACGAGGAGCAAGCUCGGUCCAAUGCUGCCCUCUACUCUGAGCAGAAGGCCGCGGAUGCCCAUGCCUACAAGGUCAAAGCCCAGGCUGAAGCAGCAUACAUUUCUGCUGCCAAAGAAGCAGAAGCAAGACUUAUCUGCCAGCAAAAGGAAGCUGCCGGUAUCUCCGCUAUGGCAAACGCUUAUGCGGACAUGUCCCGUGCAUUCGGCGGCCCAGCUGGCCUGAUUCAGUACCUCAUGAUUGAGAAGGGGGUGUAUGUCGAUCUUGCUAAGGCAAAUGCCGAUGCUGUCCGUGGCUUGAACCCUAAGAUGACAAUAUGGAAUACUGGUGCGCAAGCUGGUAGUGAAGGAAGUAGUUCCCAAGGCACGGGAAUGGGAGGAAUAGACAGCAUUCGUAACCUGUAUCAGAUGCUGCCGCCUCUGAUGUCCACAAUCAAUGAGCAGUCUGGAGUUGUUCUUCCAGAAUGGCAGUUUGGAAAAUUGGCCGAUCAAAUAUCGCAGGAAGAAGUCAACGGCAAGGGAAUCACUGGCCUAGGCACCAACGGAAAAUAA